AUGUCCGCUCUAGAAGAAAGCAAGACAAGCGAUGGCAGGCAAGAUGUGGAGCCCGCGCACCUGGAACAUGUCACCACCGAUAUAGAGGACUUGAAAGCUACCCAGAUUGGUGAUCGUGUUGAUGACCAAGUUCAAAAGUAUGCGGCUAUGGGCCGCGUGGAUAUAGACGAGCCUACGAACCGUCGUCUCCGUCGUUUGAUUGACCGUCGAGUGCUGGUGAUCAUGGUUCUUACGUAUCUGGUCCAAGCGCUCGACAAAGGAACAUUGUCCUUCACUUCUAUCAUGGGGUUCCUAGAUGAUACCCACGUAGACACCAAUCAGUAUGCGUGGCUAUCCACAUCGGUCUAUAUUUCUAUCCUGGUGGUUGAGUAUCCAACCAAUUGGAUCAUUCAACGCGUGCCUAUUGCCAAGUACCUUGGAUGCAAUAUCAUCAUCUGGGGAUGUAUUCUCGCUUUACACUCCAGUGUGAAGAACUUCGCUGGAAUUCUGACAGUGCGGAUCUUGCUUGGAGUUUUCGAGGCAUGCGCGCAACCGAGCUUUGUUCGCCUGUCUAGUAUGUGGUAUAAACGUUCUGAACAGGCAGAGACCAUCACAUUCUGGUAUAUGAUGAACGGUUUUCAACAGAUGAUCGGUGGACUUUUGGCAUACCUCUUCAGCCUGAUAGGCGCAGACAAAGUACUUAAAUCUUGGCAGGCCCUCUUCAUCACCUACGGUUGUGCCUCGGUCCUUUUUGGUGUCUUCGUUCUUCUCUUUAUGCCAGACUCACCUAUGACAGCAACGUGUUUCUCCGAAGAAGACAAAAGACUAAUGGUAGAGCGCGUUCGAGACAAUCGCACAGGAAUUCAGAACAAAAAGUUUCGAAAAUACCAAGUCUACGAGGCCUUGUCAGACCCUCAGAUGUGGUGCUACUGUGGAAUUCAACUUUUCACCACCAUGCCCACUAGUGGACUGGGCACCUUUGCAAACAUCAUUAUCAAAGGAUUUGUUUUUACAACACUCCAGACACAGUUGCUCUCGAUGGUCCUUGGAGCAUACAUCAUUCUUGUCCUUCUUACUUCGACAUGGCUGGUGAAGAAAACCCAGCAGAACUUGAUUGUCAUGGCAGCUUAUUGUAUACCAUCUUUCAUCGGUACCAUUGUUCUCAUGACCGUUCAAAACACCAAUGUGGCGACCAAGGCAGGCUUAUUGCUGAGUUAUUAUAUUACACUGUCGUUUUGGGCAGCACAGACCUUGACAUUAUCCUUGAUCUCCCGCAACAUUGCUGGUCAGACGAAAAAAUCAACCGUCAUUGCAGCCAAUUUCAUCGCUUGGGCAAUUGGAAAUGCGAUCGGACCUCAAAUUUUCCGAUCUAAUGAUGCACCACGCUAUUUUACGGCAUUCAGCGUCCACCUUGGCUGUUACACAAUUCUGGAGUUCAUUCUUCUGUUUCUCAGGUUCCACCUCAAGAAGCAAAACACCAUGAAAGAUCAAUUGCAGGGUGUGGAACACGAUUAUUCUCCGGAAAGCGGUGACCUUGAUGGCUUUGAGGAUCUGACAGACAAGGAGAAUCUCCGAUUCCGAUAUGUUUACUAA